CAAGCUCAGAUUAUGGAAGAAGCGUCCUCGGACGUGCCACGUUCUCACUCUUGCUUCAUUCGAGCUCGGCGCUAUGAUGGAGUUUGCCUACGUGAAUGCUGCGACGCAAGAGCUAACGUGUCGCCGCUGCGGUACGCCGUGGAAGAAUGUCUGCGCCUGCUUGACCUUGGACAUCGAAUGCUCGGACAGCACAACUCGCGCCGCAAGUCCCGUCGUCCGCGGCAUUGAGCUCAUCGAGAUGUCGACGCGGUCCGUCGAUAUGGACGCUCUCUUCUUGUACUCGGAGUCGUCGUUGUCACAGUGCUCCAAGAGCCCCAAGCAGCCUUUUCUGUACUCAGACUCGGGUCUCUCGCCGUGCAAGCGCCGCCGCGACGAGCCUCUCAUGCUGCCGGGGUGCUCGCUGGCGUUCAUGCUCGUACUCUGUGCGCCCAAGAUGGCCGUCAGCAUGGCCUGGUCCGCUCAGUGGGCAGCGUUUGGGCCACAGCUUCAAACGAUCUUUGUCGCACCGUGGAAGGUGCAGCUCAUCCAAGUGAUUGGGCCGAUCACAGGACUGCUCGUGGCACCCGCCGCCGGUGUCCUCAGCGAUCAGUGCGCUAGCGCGUAUGGUCGACGCCGUCCGUUCAUCUUUGGAUCGGUCCUCGCGACGCUCUUGUGCUGGUGCCUCAUGUCCAACAGCUAUGCAAUCGGGACAGCGUGCGGCGACAGCAGUUCCAACCAAGUCGUCACGGCGACGAUCCUCGUGGCUUGCUACCUCUGGAUGGACGUGAGUGUCAAUGUACUGCAGACGACUGCCAACUUGAUCAUUGCAGACUUUGCCGGCGGGCGCCAGGUCACGGGUGCCGCCGUCGGAUCCGUCUACUCGACGCUUGGGAGUCUCUGCGUGUCUGGGUACAUUUGGCUCUUUGGUGCUGCGCAAGAGUCGCUCUCGGGCUUCUUUGGCAUGCUCAUGGGCGUCCUCCUUCUAACGUGCGUUCCGGUGCUUCUCUUUGCCCAGGAGAUGCCGGUGGUAACGACGUCGACCACAUCGCUUCUCGGUCGGCUCCACCACGCAUCCCUCGGUGUGUACACGGGCGUGCGGAUGCUGCCACAGCCGCUCGCCGUCUACUCGUUCGUGCUCCUCCUGCUCUCGUACGGCUACAUUGCGUACAAUGGUGCGAAAGGCCAAUACUUUGGCUUGCACGUCUACGACGGCGAUGCGCGCGGCGCCGACAGCUGCGGCACCAACUGCACAGCUGCGCAGAUCCAGUACAGAGACGGCGUCAACAUUGCCGGCGGGUCCACCGACACACUCUUCAACGCUGCGUCGCUGCUCUAUUUUUUCUGCCUGCCGUACCUCGUGCGCUGGUUUGGCGUCCGGCGGCUCCUCCUCGCGUCAACUGUACCGCAAACGCUUCUCGUGGUCCUUGCCUUUUCCAAGGUUGUCGCGCUCGACGUGACGAUCGUCGUGCUCUGCGCUGUCACCCAAGGCACGAUCUUUGCGCUGCAAAUCCCCGUCAUCAUGCACGUGAUUGGGUACGGCGAGCAGGACGGCCUCGGCCUGUAUGCCGGUGCGUUCAACUCGGCCAAUUGUCUCGGCCAACUGCUCAACUUUGCGCUCUCGUCGGCUCUGCUGCACUCGCGCCUGCAGUACGGUCUCCCAAUCUUGCUUGGCGGCGUCCUCAGCAUCGCCGCGCUCCUCGUCGUCUAUUCUCGCUUUCACGUGCGCAUGAAAACAUUCUAGAACAAUGUCAAUACAUCAAUGUAUCAGCUCAA